AUGGUGCAAGAGCACACCAGAUGUAGUAGUCUGGGUUGCAAACAGAAACAUUCCAAUCACUGCCUCACAAGCACCACCACUUUUCAUGAUUUCUGGCAAUGGAAGUCUUACUAUAAAAAGUGGCAAAAGCAUUAUCUGGUCAGCGACGUCAUCAGGGGUGGCCUCAAAUCCAGUUUUACAGCUCCUGGAAACUUGGUUCUUUCAGACAACACGGGCACGGGAGAGGGCUACUUAUGGCAGAGUUUUGAUUAUCCAACCGACACCUACUUGCCGGGAAUGAAAUUCACAGAUGAUGCAGAUUCAGGCGUGGAGAGAUAUUUGACAUCAUGGAGGAAUGCAGAUGACCCUUCUCCUGGAGAUUACAUAUUCAGGAUCGAAAACAAGGGCUUGGCCGACGUGGUUGCACUGAGGGGGACGACAAAGAGAUACCGAGUGAGGAAGUGGAAUGGAGUAUAUUUUUGCGGUGGUCCAAGAUUUUCCAAUGCCAUUUACCAAUCAAAGGCAGCUCCUGGAGAAGAGAGGAUUAUAUCUGCUGAAGAGCCCUACCAAGACCCAAUUAUCAUCCGAGUAAGGCUAGAGAUAUCUGGUACACUCGCACGUCAUACGCUGAAUGACAAUAAAGACAAGUGGAAUCUUGCUUUUACAUUUCCUCAAGAUUUAUGUGAUGAGUAUGGAAUUUGUGGUCCUAAUGGUAUAUGCAGAUGUAGGAUUCACAACCCGGUUAGAUGCCAGUGUUUGAAAGGAUUUGCACCUAAGUUCCAAAAGUACUGGGACUUUCAAGAUUGGUCCGGUGGAUGCACUAGAAUUAAACCAUUGAACUGCCAUGGAGGAGAUGGAUUUGUAGAGGUUAGAGGGGUUAAGUAUCCAGAUAUGUUGAAAUUUUGGUUAAACACAACCAUGAGCCUUGGUCAGUGCAAAGCUAUGUGCUUUGAAAACUGUAGUUGCAAUGCAUAUGCUAAUCCAUUCAUAACCAAUGGAGGCAUUGGCUGCUUGAUGUGGUUUGGCGAUCUCAUUGAUAUCAAAGAGCUUCCUGCAGCAGAUAAUUUUAGCCCAAGUCCAGAGGAGGACGUCAAGGAUAAGAAAAGGCCUUUGAAGUUAAUUCUGAUUUCAGUUGCAUCUGGUGUACUCGUCUCAACUUUUAUCAAUUGGGGUUUACAUUUAAAGGCACAACGAAAGAAGAGAGCAUCAAAAACAACAACUGAGAACCUUGAAUUACCUUUGAUCAAAAUGAAAACCGUUGUGCAAGCAACGAAUAAUUUCUCCACAGAAAACAUGAUUGGAGUCGGAGGUUUUGGAUCUGUUUUUAAGGGGAACAUGCCAUCGGGAGAAGAAAUUGCAGUAAAAAGAUUGUCGAGAUCUUCACGACAGGGUCAUGAAGAGUUCAAAAAUAAAGUCACGAUGAUAGCAAAACUUCAACAUAGAAACCUCGUCAAACUUUUGGGAUGUUGCAUUGAAGAAGAAGAAAGGAUGUUAAUCUAUGAAUACCUGCCGAAUAGAAGCCUGGAUUAUUUUGUUUUUGAUCUGAGCCGAAGAACAGUGUUGACAUGGCCUAAGCGUUAUGACAUAAUCAUGGGAAUCGCAAGGGGGCUGUUAUAUCUCCAUCACGAUUCCAGAUUAAAGAUUGUACAUAGGGAUCUCAAAACGAGCAAUAUUUUACUAGAUGGAAAUUUAACUCCCAAAAUAUCGGAUUUCGGCUUAGCAAGAAUUUUUGAAGAGGAUCAAUCUCUUGCUAGAACAAAAAGAGUUGUUGGGACAUAUGGAUACAUGGCUCCCGAAUAUGCCAUUGAUGGGAAAUUCUCAACGAAAUCCGACAUCUUUAGUCUUGGAGUGGUGUUUCUAGAGAUAAUCAGUGGGGAAAAGAACAGAGGAUUCACACACUUGGAUCAUUAUCUCAACCUCUUAGGCCAUGCAUGGUUGCUGUGGAAAGAAAACAAGAGUUUGGAGUUGAUGGAUGGAUGUUUGAACAAUACAUAUAGGGAGUAUGAAAAUACAGUUAGGGAGUGUGAAGUGAAGAGAUGCAUCCAAGUGGGGUUGUUAUGUGUUCAAAAAUGUGCAGAUGAUAGGCCAAUCAUGUCAUCAGUGGUUUCAAUGUUAGGAUCUAAUGGAGCAGUUUUGCCCGAACCAAAAGAGCCUGGAUUUUUUAUGGGAAGAAGUAGCAGUCAUGUGGGAAGUUACACAUCCCCAAGUUUGGAGUCAGAGAAUACAAUCACUAUUACAGACUUGGAGGCCAGAUGAGUAGACCCCAGUGUGUUCCCUAACUUAGUCAUAGUCAUCAAUUCAUGCAGAUUAGGACAUGUCAAAACCUUCAUCAGCAUUUUAUCACUUGUUAGGUCACAACUGCCUUCUAUAUAAACCCUACAAACCACUAUCUUGUUCCACUUCAUAACUGAAUUCAAGAUAGCUGACAAGCUUUCUUUAUCUUGUAUUCUUGCUGCAAAUUGGCGGAGAUUAUUCA